AAGAAAAAUGGGAGAAAACUGCUACUUGGGUAUUUCUUGCACACACAAAAACUUUCCUUGGACACGAAAAUCUAUCCUGUUUUCCACAUUUAUUCUCUCUACAAUUUCCCGACCGCUAGUGCUAGAACCGCAACAGCAAGGUGCAAUCGUUUGCUUUGUUUCCCUUCCAGCAAUCGAAAACGAAUACGCGUGAAACACUGCCACCCUUUUGCGAGUGCUUCCCAUUUGUUAUUGUAGCAUUUGAUGCAUUUAUUCUACCCUACCGUGAUUUACUAGUCGGGUGAGAUAGUGCGAACGCGUAGGACUUGGAUCGAAAAUGACUAGCAUUGAUAAGAUCAAGGAAAGCUUCCCCAUCCAUUGGUUCGUAUGGAACAAUGAUUAUCAGGAGCUGCAGCAAGCCAUCAGUGAGAAAACGCAUGACCUGGAAGCGCUUGAUCCCCGAGGUCGAACACCGCUAAUGCUAGCAGUGAAACUGUGCCACCUGGAAUGUGUUAAAGCGCUACUAUCAGCAAAGUGUAAUGCCAACGUCGAAUGCGAUGGAUGGUCAGUCGUACAGGAAGCCGUCUGCUCCGGUGAUGCCAACAUUCUGACCGCAAUCCUUGAGGUGCGCGAUUUACAACGUCACAUUAAACGUGUCUCACACGUACCCCAGCUGCUGCAGCAUCUUCAGGAUACACCAGAUUUUUACAUCGAAAUGAAAUGGGAAUUCACCAGCUGGGUUCCCCUGAUGUCGCGCGUCUGUCCGAGCGACACGUACAAAGUGUACAAGCGGGGCUCAAACGUACGCAUCGAUACGACCCUGCUCGGUUUCGAUAACAACACCUGGCAGCGGGGCAACCGUAGCUACAUCUACAAGGGCCAAUCGAAAACGGCCAGCAUGAUCGAGAUCGAUCACGAUACGGGCGAGGUGUCGGUGGAGCAUAUGCGCAACAUCGAGGAGGAAAACAUCGACGGCAUCCGGCCGAGCCGGGAGGCGGUCAAUCUGCGUCUGCAGGCACCGGUCAUCUGCAAUCACAUCGAUAUGGACAAGAUAAGCUUCGAACGCAACAAGUCCGGCUUUUGGGGCUGGCGCAGCGAGAAGGUCGAAUCGAUCAACGGGUACGAGUGUAAGGUGUACGGUGCGAGCAACGUGAAGUUUAUCACGCGCACACGCAACGAACAUCUCGGCAGUGAGCAGACACGUGUGAAAAACUCGCGCACUCCCCUGCAACACUUCCUCGGCAUGACGGAGGAAGAUUACGAUCAUGCUGCGGUGGCAGGAUCGAGUACAAGUGCACUUAGGGAGCAGCCUGCCGUACCGACGUCACAAAGCCCGGACGACGAUCGGUCACCGGAUGGGGUGGAGGGGGAAAGCAGCAGCAGUGGACAGGAGGCGGCACCUACCGCCGAGGAGUACUUCUCCGACAUCGACCUAAACGGGCGGGACGUUGGCAAACCAAAGCGAAUCACUGCCAAAGAGCAAAUGUUUAAGGCAAACAUUUGGUUGAGCGAAGAGUUUCCGAUAAAGCUGCAGGAGCAGGUGUUACCCAUACUGGACCUGAUGUCUACCAUGGCCAGCCCGCACGUUUCGAAACUGAAGGACUUUAUAACGAUGCAGCUUCCGUCGGGAUUUCCUGUUAAAAUUGAAAUCCCACUCUUCCAUGUGCUGAACGCGGUCGUUACGUUUGGAAACGUAUUUGCGAUCGAACAUCCGGUCGCGCACGUCAGCCACAUUCGCGAGACAGACGACCGGGUAACGUGCGUGAUCGAUGAUGCGUGUUUCGAAGCACCGAGUGGAUACGGUGUCCGGCGUGGUAUUGCCGACUUCCGGCAGCAGCUCACGUUCGAGGAUGAGGACGAACUGAUGCAGUUUGCCAUCCAGCAGAGUCUGGUGGAUUCGGGCAGUGAGAACGAUAAGGUCGACAUCUGGGAGGCGCUGAAGGCACCGAGACCACUAACACCACAAUACUAUGAAGACGAGCAACUGCAAAGAGCUUUGCAAGAAUCACUGAUAACCGGAUUUCAAAGCAGUAGCGCAACGACCGGAUCAGCACUACCACCCGCUUUAGCCCUCGAUCAUCAAACGGCGACGGUUGCGGUCGAUGAAGCGGACAGCGUCCCGGACUAUCUGGACCCAAACCUAGAGCUAGCUAUUAAACUAAGUCAGGAGGAGGAAACACGCCGCGAAGAGGAACGGCGCCGAGAGGAGGAAAUGUUGGCGGAAGUGUUACGGCUUAGCUUACAGGAGAAAUAGGACAUUCGGGGAUGUACACGGAAACCAGUGCAUGCGUCCGAACGAUGGUUGUCGUCGUGAUGUCACCUGUCAACGAAGUGGAGAUGUAGGACCUCAAACGUUCCCUGGUGCUAGAGGAGAAACGCAUGUUCUCAAUAGCGUUGAGUAGGAGAGGUACGUAUUAUUUAAUUGAAGUUAUUCACUCGGUUACUCUGGUACAGCGGCGCAAAACCCGUCGUAUGGCAGUGCCUCCCAUUAAGAUGGCAAACGUAUUGAACCUCGCGCAUACGAUAAGGGGAGUUGCUACAACUCUGCGUGUUGUGCGUAAGUUAUCCUACACUCCAUCCUACUUUAAACCAAUUGAUGCGCUGCCCUCCUAGUGCGUAACGGUACCGCCGGUACCCGACACUUAACGUCCAGUAGCUUCUUAUUUAUUCAGUACGAGUCAAAUGAUGAAUGCUGUAAAGCAAAAAACAAAAACAACGCAAAGUAUAACUCUAAUGCCCAUUCCCGUUUCCAAACAUUCUACGCAAAUACGCAUCCGGUACAAAAUUCCUUAAGCCGCAGUUAAACGACAUCUUAGGCACCUUGUUGCAAGCGGGUGCUAGUUAGUAUAAGCAAAACAGGGAAGUAUACUGUUUCCUGCUAACAUGUAAUGUGAACUAUGAUCAUGUGCGCCAAAGCUGAUCUUGCGAAUAGCUAUUAAUCGUUUGUACACUACCUGAAAGCGCGUAAAUAAGAGCAAAAGAUAAAGAAGAAAAAAACACAGAAAGCAAAACUAAAAUGAAAUACAAAACUAUUUUAUACUAAUCGCUUCAUAAUCACAGUCAAUAAAUUUUAUCUAUUUAUAUUAAACGAUA